CGGUCUCGCUCCGUCAACGGGGUCGGUCCACGCGGUGAGGUUGUCGCGCGGCGGGCCCAUGCGCGGACGCGCUUCCUCGCGCGCGGUCGGUCGCGGUCCCUCGCGGGCACUGGGAACGGGCCCUCUCGCACGUCAGUGCCCAUCCUCGCCUCGCCGCCAACAUCGAGGACGGAAAGAAUCUCCCUUGUUCUCGCGCUAAUCGUUAAUCGCUACCGCCGUCGCUUACAAUGUCGCUGGCGACUCGGAGCCGUUGUUCCGUUUCGCGCGCGUCGCAUCCAGGCCACUCCGGAUGGCGGCCGCCGAGAUUAAUGUGACUGUGGCUCUUUCGCGGGUCCACUUAGCCUGCGACUUUUUCCAGGAACUCGGCGACCUCAGGGCGUCGACGAUGAAGAACUUCACAAAUAUCCAAGUAGACGAGUCCAAUAUCCUCACCUGGCAGGGCCUGAUAUUGCCGGACAAUCCACCUUAUAACAAAGGCGCGUUUCGCAUCGAAAUCAAUUUUCCAGCAGAAUAUCCCUUUAAGCCACCAAGAAUAAAUUUCAAAACAAAGAUAUAUCACCCAAAUGUAGACGAAAAAGGUCAGAUAUGUCUACCAAUUAUAAGCGCAGAAAAUUGGAAACCUGCUACAAAAACGGACCAAGUGAUCCAAGCUUUGAUAGCAUUAGUGAAUGAUCCUGAGCCUGAGCAUCCCCUGAGAGCGGAUUUAGCAGAGGAAUUUCUGAAGGAUAGAAAAAAGUUUUUUAAAAAUGCCGAAGAAUUUACGAAAAAACAUGCCGAAAAGAGGCGGGAAUCAUCAUCUUCUAAUGAAUAACCCCGAAUGACUAGCUUUACUUACCGUCACCACCACGAUGCCUGCCGCCCGUCAGCUGAUUUAAACUCAAGCCAAUGUAUACCUGUCUGUUAAUCCCCCGUGUGGAAUCUCACAGAUUCAAGUUGAGAUGACUCUGUACAGUAUUGGUUAACAACCGACGAUAUAACGCAAAUUGUAAUGUUUAUAAGAAGUGGGAUAUGAACUUUUCAGAGUACAGUAAAUUAUGAUAAAUAACUGUAUCAUAUUGUAUACAAUUUAUACUUGAAGUCAUAUGCAAUUAUACCUUUGAUUUGUCAUUGAAAGGUCGUUACAUUCCAGCUUGAUCUUGUAGGAAUGUAUACGAUGAAAAAUGGUUCAGCAUAGAGACAUCAUGUUUGUCAGAUGUAGCAGCGUAUGUAAUACAGUAUGUAUUAAAGUACAUAUAAUUUCCAAUGUCGUUUAAGAUGUUAAUUUAUAAUUGCAUUUCGAACUUAUAGCUACUGCUUUAUAACUGUUGCUAAUAUAAGAUUACAAAUAAUAAAAAAAAGAAACAAUGUUUGCUCUCAA